UUCCAAAAUGCUACCCUUCAAGCCACUUCCUCAAGAUGAGUCUAAGAGCACAAUCUUCAGCUCUUGUGACAUUGGUGUUGGUGCUGUUGCUGAUCAAAAUAGAGGGAAAUCCGACACCAAAAGAAGUCCAUGAGAAUGGCACUGAUGCCUCAUCUUCAUCAACAUCAUUGAUGGAGAAAGAUGAGAACCAAAUCAUUGGAUGCAGGGGAAGACCACUGAUAUGUAGCAGAGGAGAGUUUCCACCAAGGUCUAUAUGCUGUGGAGACCGUUGUGUGGAUGUGACUAGAGACAGAGAGAAUUGUGGGGUAUGUGGGGUUAGGUGCACGUUUAAUCGUCAAUGCUGCAACCGUUUGUGCUUAAACACAAAUGUGAACAUUUUCAACUGUGGUAGGUGUGGAAGAGUAUGCCCCCUUGGGAGGUUAUGUGUAUUUGGAUUGUGUGCCUUUGAGCAAGCAGUGCCAACGCCAACGCCAGUGUCACCAUUACCGCCAUCACCGCCGGUGUCACCAUCACCGCCAGUAUCAGUAUCACCAUUGUUUCCUCCCGUGCCUCCAGCAAAGUCACCACAGCCACUGGAUUACCAACCUGAAAUGGGUUAAGUACUGUUGUAAUAGAUUGUGGAUGGGGUCUCAUGGUUACCUCUCCCCUGCUUUGAAGUUCGUAUCUUUGUCAUUCUAAAAUAAGUAUUUAAGCCUUUAUUAAGGUUUUCAUGUGCAACUGUUUGUGUCAAGCAGAUGUUGGUAUGAAUUGUAUGAUGUUGGUUUGAUACUUUCUAUGUUAGUGGCAAAACAUGUUAAUUUUAUAUGAGAAAGAACAUUAUAACCGAGUAA